AUGGGUGCUGUUUCCGUCCCCUGCAAUGGUGUCCUCCGUUCUCCUUAUUCCUCCGCCGAUACGCAUGGGGUAAAUAAUAUCCCCGAAGUCUCGGAUCCCUCUGAUUUUGAAUCUCCCGUGUCUCCGACGAAACGAACCAUGGAUGCGGUGAACGGUGAUUCGGUUGAGCGACCACAGGACACCGCCACAGUGUCAGCAUCAUUUCGACCGGCCAACACAGAUCUCCAGGGCCACCGCCCUGACCUAGUCGCAGGAGCUGGAAAUCCCGACGAAGCGCCCCGGAAGUAUCGAACACUUCCGUCACCGCACGCAGAUCAGAUGCAGGAGAAAGUGGCCAACGGCAUCAACCAUGCGCAACCGGACAGAUCUGCAGCCUCGCCCUACCCAUCGACCGAACAUCACGACCGGACAAUUUCAGAUAUCAAGCUACAGCAGAAUGGGAUUAGUUUCAGUACCGAGAGGGACCAUGAACUGAGGUUUCCCAGAAACCACGCUUUGAAUGGUGACCGAAAAGGCGGUCAGCUCUCUCUAACGUCUGACCAGGCGUCGGGAAUGGUUUUUGAGCACUUCCAGGAAGGUCCCAGUAGUGAUGCAGAACAAAAUGUGCAUAAAAAUUCGUUGAUUGAUGUCUUCAAAGGUCCAGCUGUUGCUACCGCUUUGGACCAGUUGUCCGGAGAGUCAUCCCCUCCGACAAACCAAGAGAAGGAUCGCGAUCAAGUCCCAAAGUUGUCGUCGGCCAAGAUACGGGAGCUUACCUCUUCGCCCCAAUCCAUACCAUAUCGCGCGGCCCCAGUGGAAGGGGAACAAGGUCGGCGGGUGGUGUCAGAUGGUGCAUCUGCAGCGGUCCAUCAAUCAGAAAACACAGGGGUGGAAUCACAACCACCGAAUGACCUGAAGAUGUCUCUGGAUCACACACCCAAACAACGACCCAGUACAGAGUCCUCUGUGGAUUUUGUCUCGGGCUUAGUUAUGAAGCCUUCUCCAUCAACUGCGCGAAAUCGACCCCAGGUGCCGCAUACUUUUUCUACACCCAGUUCCCUGCGACGACAAACUCUACCUUCCAACGAGCGCCUGUCACAAGCAUGGGCAUCCCGAUCGAAGCAGGAUCGCCCGACCGUCAGCAAGGACUUAGAAACGAGACACCUCCAUUCUUCGCCAGCUGUGGCCGAACCGGCGCUACCAUCGCCUUUACCCCCGUCAAUUCCCCUUCCUCCUCUGUCGGUUCCGACGUACUUGCAAUUGGAGCUGGCGUCUGGCCGACCCUCACCAUUAUACAUCCACCGCUCAGCGAUGAGUGACUUCCCUUACGAGUCAUCUCGCGUCAAACUCGAGCGACUCAUGAACUUUUUGAUGCUUCCUCCCGCGCUAGAGCAGGUCCUCUGGUUUGGGAUCCUAGCGUGUUUGGACUCGUGGCUUUAUUCCUUUACUAUUCUCCCCCUCCGUUUUUUCAAAGCAUUGUAUAUCCUGUUAGAAUCAUGGAUGAUUAAUCUAGGCGCGGAGUUCCGUUUUGUGUCAGGUUUUAUCAUAAAGGGCGUUGGAAGAGUAUGGCGAAGACGCGCGAGAUCCUCGAUAGAUACGACUCAUGAGCAACCUCGGGGGUUAGAACCGGAGGCUCGGGGCCGAGUGACAUCGGGAAAACAGGAGCAGAAUCCCAUGGAUCGAGAAGUGCACAAUCGUGCCAGCGAACCGCGUCGGAGACGCCGCACCGACGUCCAGCUCCGGUACCAGCAUCGGCGGCAGAAAUCUACUCCGUCCGCGCUGCUCCCCGACGACAAGGCAGACAUUCUUAAGGGGCUACUUAUGAUCACCACGUGCUCGAUUCUGAUGUAUUUUGAUGCGAGUCGGAUGUACCACUGGAUUCGCGGGCAGGCUGCCAUCAAGUUAUAUGUUAUCUACAAUGUACUGGAAGUCAGUGACCGACUGCUUGCCGCCAUUGGACAGGAUGUGCUCGAGUGCCUUUUUUCACGGGAAGCCCUGGAACGCCGGCCGGAUGGACGAAGCAAAGUCUUCCGCCCUUUUGGGCUUUUCCUACUGGCCCUCACCUACACCGUUAUUCAUGCCACCGCACUGUUCUUCCAGGUCAUGACACUGAACGUGGCGGUCAAUUCGUAUUCAAAUGCCUUGAUCACUCUGCUUCUCUCGAACCAGUUCGUUGAGAUCAAGUCCACUGUCUUUAAGAAGUUCGAAAAGGAGAACUUGUUCCAGCUGACUUGUGCGGACGUGGUGGAGCGGUUCCAAUUAUGGCUGAUGCUCACCAUAAUCGCAUCUCGAAACUUUGUGGAGACGGGUGCCUUCAGCUUUUUUGGCAGCCUAGGAUCCAGUUUUGGCACUUUUUCGUCAACUGCCACAAACAGCACACCGCUGUCGACUCCACCGCGGACGGCGUCGUCAAUCCUUCCACAGUCAUUCACCAUCGUUCCGUCCUCUAUUAUCGCGUCCUUCAGUCAUGUCAAUUCGUUCCUCCCCACUCUGGCUCAGGUCCUCGGCCCAUUCCUAGUUGUCCUGGGGUCUGAAAUGCUGGUCGACUGGCUCAAGCACGCCUACAUAAACAAAUUCAACAAUACGCGGCCUGCCAUUUAUUUGCGAUUCUUAGACAUCCUCGCCAAAGAUUACUACACCAAUGCGUUUGGUGACCAAAAUCUCACCCGGCGACUAGGCCUGCCAGUCAUUCCGCUGUCGUGUCUUUUCUUCCGGGUCUCGGUGCAGACGUACCAGAUGUUCUUGGCCUCCCUGCUGCCGCAACACCCGUCAUCAACGGCUGUGUCUUCGACCUCACUGUCCUCAAUCCAUAGUCACUACGUACCGGCCCCGAUGACCUCACCGCAACCCUUGACCAUCCGUACGAUCCUUCCGGUAUCAGCAGCCCACGUGGGAACAGUCUUCCGACAGCUGUUGGCGAAUACCAUGCCCUCCCCGGCUCAGUCCGUGACCAUCUUCACCGUGGUUCUCCUUCUCACGGGAUUCGUGCUAUUGUUGAUAUUCAAACUACUACUGGGCAUGGUCCUACUAGCCUUUGCGCGCGGCCGCUAUAAAGCGAUGAAGCAUCGCGAAGCGGAGCAUGCGUCAUCAGCUGCCCGUGCCACAGCCGAGAAUGGUGGACCGCCUCGUGGACGGGAGUUCGCCGUGGAAGGCAGCCGACGGGUUGGGGGAUGGGGAAUGGUCGAGGUAAACGAUGACCAACGUCGUUGGAUCUAUGUGGAUGAUCCGGAGGCGUUGCGACGAUUGAAAGCUAAGGAGGAGAAAGAUAAGAACACGAAGGAGGAGAUGAAUAUGGACCAUGUGCAGCGAUAUGAGAUGGUCGCCAAGCGAAUCUGGUAG